GGAAGAUACUUCGAGUUACAAAUACUAAAAGGAUAUGAAAUGAUCAAGUUGCGCUUUGGAUGCUUUGAUUGAGUGCGAUAGUUUGUCGUCCUUCAUUUUGAUGUUGGGCAUUUUCUAUUCAUCCCGACCACUUCACCCAUCAUGCUACUGCCGUUUUCAUUCGUUGAGUAGUCCUUCCUUCGUGUAUUGUUAUUCCUGUCCUCCAGCUGGCUUGAUUUUGGCACUAGAGACAUCUUGGUACUCUGGCGUUAUCCCAUAAUCGGUAGUCAUGGCGCGUAACUGGGUCCUCCACCGUGUCUGCGACACCCCACCAUUCAUGACCGCCGAAGAUCUAUCUACCGCCACGCCCUACAGGCUCAGCGUCUUCCACCAAAGCCUCAAGUUCAUCUUCCUCGUCCGCGUGACCUCCCUCCCCGCCGGCCUGUACCAUGACCUUCGCUCGUCGCGACCCGAGUCCGUGCCGGAUCGGCUGCGGAACGCGCUGCUGUCGGGGGACUACAUGGACUCUGGGUUUGUCGACGAGUACUUGGAAAUUGUGGAUGAGGUGAGCUGGCGGAUUGGUGGGUAUCCGCGAGAAUGCGUGAAGGUCUGGAGAUCUCUUCGGGAGGCGGUGGCGCUGGUGACUGGGCAGCAGAUCGACGUAGACGCGCCGAAGGAUGUCGUGAUUGAAGAUGCGACGCCGAUCUUCCGGUUCGUGGACCUGCCUCCCUCGAUCAAGACGCGGAUCUAUCAGAUUUGUCUUCGUCGAGGGAGGGUUAGCGUAGGGGAUUGGUCGACAUACAGUGUUCCGACGACAUUGAAACGGCGGACGGAAUAUGAAGUGGAUGUUGGCGAUUCGCGAGUAGUGCGCAAGAGAACCACAUAUACGUGUCGGCUAUUAGGUUCUGGGACGUGGCCUAUUGUAGCUUUGUUUCAAGUCAAUCGAUCUGUUGGAGAAGAAGCGGCGACGAUAUUUUACGGAGAGAAUCAAUUUCGGUUUCUUGGUACCGCAAAGUCAACGCUUGCAUUCUUGCAUGAUAGGAUGCCUCGAUUGCGGUAUAUCCGUAACAUGAGCAUGCGGUUCUGCACCGACGCAUCCAUCAAGUUCAAAGGCUGCUACAACAUCACCGGAUCCAUCCCCCCGGCUCCCCGAACCUUCAUCGGCGCUUGGAGACGCAUUUUCAACGCCUUGGUCCACACGACACCAGGUCUGAAAGCAUUCGAGCUCCUGAUCGACAAAGACUUCUGGUGGCAUGCCCCAUGGUACAACGGCGCCGAGGCCGUCUUCACCACUCCAGCGCUAGGUGAACCGCACGGCAUCCGACACUACGAGGGCGCGCGGAACUUCCUGCAACACGUCGCGCGGCUUGCAGAGGUGGAGAUCCGCCUGACGAUCGACGAGACCGAGGAAGACGAAGAGAGGGGAACGGUUCGAAGGGAGCUGGAUGCGUUGAUGAGGGCGGCGGCGGCGACACGGCCGUGGCUGGCGCUGGAUGAGUAUCCGGCGUGUACGUGCGGGAGACGGCUGUUGUUGAGCGAGAGUUGCAUUUGGGAUAAGUAUGAGGCGUGGCGGCGUCCGCGAUGAGCAAGGGGCAGUUUAUCGGGGAACUCAAAAGGGAAAAUGAGUCGAUGACUGAAGAGUGCCCUGAUUGGUAACUUUUAUUGGAAAGAAAAGGGUAAUCCCAAACGCCUCCCUGACUACCAUCCCAAUCCAUCCCAAACA